AAUAGGCCGUACCAAAUGGCUUACUCAUGCGUGGUAGGGUUGCUUGAAUAUAUUGCACGAGAUAGUUGGUUGAAUUUUUCGCGUAGUUUUCUUCAUUCGAAGUUGAGAAGAGAUCGUUCUAAAAGAAGAAAACAGCAUAGCAUAACUUACGUAUAUAUCGAAGUUGAGAAGACACUCAUCCAUGGAGCGAAUACUAUAAACAGGUACUCCUACUUUGAUCUACACUCCGGUCCAAGCAAUAUAGAAAUGAAAGGAUUCAAAAACAACUCCCCUCAAUCCUCACUUUCCGAUCAAAGCCCAUGGAAAUCGGAACUGAGAGCUUUAAUUGAGCCAGAAAUACACUUCAAAGACACACAUCAUGGUAAACACCAACCAAGCUGGGAUAUUGAAACCUUGGGAAAAAUCAGAAUAAAAAUAAGCCAGGAUAUGGCAGAAGUACUGCAGAAAAAAUCAAACAAGUCUGCAACUCCUAUAAUGAGAGCAGCUAGAUAUGGCCAUUACUCCACCAUUGAGCAGCUAUUAACAGUUCCAUUUACUUCAAUCGAACCAGUGGGUGGUAAAACCAUAUUACACAUGGUACUCGAGGGUAUAAUUUCCUUAACAUAUAAGGAUGAUCCAGUUGAAAUCUGCAUGAAGAAUAUAAUCGCUGGAAAAGACAUUUGUGAUUCGAUAGUAGACGCUUAUUUUCCACCAGAUGACUUCAAUAUGAUCCAUGGAGAGAACCCAGAUCAUUACAAAUGCUUGGACUUUAUUUUGAAAACUAUUUCACCCGAUAAGUUGGAUAUAAAUUUUUGUGACGAUGCUGGAAAUUCAGCUUUGCAUUAUGCAGUCGCUUGGUCAGAAACAACAGCCAUAAAAGCUCUCUUACAAGCUGGUGCAUAUACCUGUAAACCAAACAAGAAUGGGACGAAACCUUUAAACAUCAUCAGCCCACAGGUAUUGGAAGAAUAUCUGGAUAGCUGCGUCCUCUCCAAUGAUUACCCAUUGGGGCACAAUGAUUUUCAAAUUUAUUUCAAUUAUCAACUCUUUGUACUGCCAAAAUAACAAGCACAUAGGGGAAAAGAUGGAAUUGAAGCUGCUUGCAAAGAAUUAAAGUAUGAAGGUAGCUGUGAAUCUGAACCACUUUUUGUGUUGAACGAUAGAUCAGAUUUGAGGAAAUUUUUGAAUCAUCCUGUAAUCAGAAAUUACUUCUGUUUGAAAUGGCUUGUUGUAAAAAAAUACUCGUAUAUCGAAAACAUUUUCUUUUUAUUGUU